AUGAGUGGAUAUGGUGCAAGCGGCUUCCAUGGCAGUCUCUACGGCGGUUCUCUGCUCGGCACCACCGGUAACCUCUACGGCGCUGGUGGCUCCCUCUACGAAAGCAACAAUCCACAGGCGGCGGUGGGCAGCAUGUACGGCAUUCAUAUGGGCUCCAUGCUUGGCGGCUUCGGCUCCAUCUACCAAGUCGACGGCCCUCACACGGGGCUUGGUGUUGUGCGCAAACAGUCCAUUCCGGGUUUCUCCUACUCGUUCGGAUCCAACUUGGUCACUGUAGCGUAUCGUCGCAGCUUUAAUGCCGACCCGGAAUCGUCGCCGCGUAGCGGCAGCACGCAAAACAACAGUUUUCACACCACCACCUCGAUGAAGAGCAGCGGGUACGAGGCUCAGCCAAAGGGAAAGGACGAGGAGACGAUCCGGCAGCGCGGCUCGACCGGUGUCGACAACGACGGGAUGACUAAUCUGGAGAAACUCAAAGGUGACACGCAAGCCGCCGUCUCCACGGUGACGGCGAAGCCCGAGUCGAUCAUGAAGCACGCACCGGUGACGGAGGCACCGAAGUCGCCGACGACAGCGCGCCAGCUGUGCGGCGGCGACGCAGUCGGCCAGGCGCCGGUGCUUUCUAGCGACUUUCGUAUCCACAGCGUGGCUGUGCUGGAACAGGCAGGCGUUGGCAACGCGACGGUGACGAAGCAAGGUGACGCGUGCGUGGUGAAGGGCAAGGUGUACGCGAUGGACGAGGUGGUGGAGUACAAGCCGGCGGACAAUAAGCACGUCGUGGAGUCGUGUCAUCUGAACGACCUCAUCGAGCACGUGCUAGCCGGCCACAACAGUGCUCUCCUUGUCGCGGACGACGGCAAGGCAGUGACCGCCGCCAAGGUGACUGUGGAGGCCACCAUGACGAAGCUGAUAGAGGAGCUCAAGAAUCCGGCACGCAACAGCUACGCGGGCCUGUCAAUGUCUAUGUGCAGCUUGCCAAGCAACAUGACGGUAUGCGAUCUCCUCGUUAGCGGCUCGAAAACGAUGCCAUUGAAGACGAGGAACUCGCCGCUCUUCGGACCCUCCGUCGUGGGUCUCAAACCAGAGUCGAUCGGGAGCGGCGCCGACUUUGCGAUGCUCUACGACGCCGCACUGAAGCGUGGCGACAAUGAGCCAAUGAUGGUGUGCAUGGUGGUCGUGAGGCAGGUGCGGCGAGCUGUCGGUGAGGGUAAGGGAGAGAUGUUCCUGUCCUCUGUGUUCAUCGGCGUCAGCCGCUUCGGUCCUAAGGCAUUCCACAACAUCAUCGACAAGCUUCCUGGCUCUGCGCACGAGAUCUUUCGCUAUGCGAUUGAUGGCCCUGCAGUGUGCGUGCACAUCGUGGCGGUCAGCCAAGACACGGCUGACACGAAGGUGCUGGAGGCGGCGUCAAAGGUCAGCGCUGUUCAGAACAGCGCCGCGCGCAGCGGAAACGUUCGCCGCUUCAUCGACUUCACGGAGAGCCAGCUGAAGAGCAUGCUGAAGCGCCGCGACGCGAGUACCGGCACCGAGAAGGCGGAGCUCGACAGCAACGUGAAGCGAUUGAACGUGGUGCUGCAGGACGCAAAGAAGCUUCUAUCUGACCCCCAGAACACAGUACCGCAUGUUUACCAAGCUGAGGUAGAGAUGAUCACCGAGACGACACCGACUGAGGGGAAGACCUGUGCUACGCCAGAGGCUGCGGCCGCGAGCGAAGCAAAAGACAAGCCGGCCGCUGCUGUGGACUACAAGCCAUGCAGCACCAGCGUUGCAACCCUGGUAAUCGCAGACGUAGCUGAGACGCGCGCGUACUCGGUGAAGGGCACCACUGUGACGGCCGGCGGUCGACCGUUUUCAGUGGAUGAGGUGGUGAUGCGCGACACGGAGAAGUCAGUGGGCGUGGCGACCAUGACGACAAGCCGGGUUCUGGACGCCUUUCUCAAGGGAUACAACGGCGCCAUCGUCGCAGCGGAUAGCGCGGCGGUGGCCGCCAACGGGAUGGAGUCGCCGGCAGUGAGCCUCCUCUUCUCAGCCGUUGUCGGUGCUCUGGGGAACCCAGGCUGCAAAGGCGUGCGCGUGUCUAUCGCGCUUGUACGGGAGUCCGGCGUGGCGUGUGAUCUGACGGGCAGCGCCACGGAGCUGAAGCCGAUCGAGGUGUCAUCGUCUCCGCUGUUUGGACCGAUCCUGCGCAACGUCGCGCUGCACCUCAUUUGUGAGUCGGAGGAGCUGCAGACGAUAGUGGACAAGGCACGGGAGCAGGUGAAGGGGCUCUGGGAUGCGCAUAGUGCUGUGCACAUGACGGUGUUGCACUGCUUCACCGAGGGUGACGAUGCGUAUGUGUCGUCGCUGCUUCUCUCUUUCGCACCCGCCACGUGCAAAAUGCACGAGGAGGUGCUGAAGCACAAGGCGCAAAGCAUGUACGACCUGUUCCGCUAUGCCUUUGGAGGGGCCGCCACGACAGCGUUCGUCGUCUCGGUGGGCAAGACGGACCAGGUGGCGGACGUCGUGUCGCCCCUCAGCACACAGUGCGCCGCCAGUGUUGUACGCAACCGCUCGCCGCGCCAGGGCAGCAUCAAGAACUUCAUUGAAUACACAAAGACCUCACUCGACAAGCGUCGUGAGCGGUUGGCGACUCUCUCGGACGCCUCGGCAGAGAAGGCGACCACACUCAAGAUCAUGGCACCGAUGGAGCGCAUGCUCAGUGACCACGAAAGGGUAAUGGCGGACCCUGCCAACAACUUCCCGCAGGCCUACGCCGCCGAAAACGGCAGCAGCAAAGAGGCCAGUGGUGAGGCGCCUGCUGCCGACGGCGCAGCGAGACCAAAAGGCGAUGGAUCACCGGCUGAGAGCGGGCGCCGCGAUUUGCCGAGCGGCCAGCAGCUGCAGCAGUCACCCCAGAAGUCGGCCACUGCCAAUGCUACGAGCUCACACCUAGAAGAGCCGAUCUCCAGCUUCACGGAGCCGCGCGUGGUGGCCUUCGUGGGACGUGAAGUGGCCGCAGGUGCGGAUCAGCUUUCGCUUGGCAGCAAAGACUACACGCUUGACGAGAUGGUGAAGCGGGUGAAAAGCUCCUGCGGCACCACCACUGGACCGUCGGUCAACUUGACUGAGAUCGAGAUGCGCUUCGCUGGGGUGCACAAUUGCUCUCUCAUCUCCGCCAGCUCGGUGAAGGAUACCCUGUCAGCCGAAGAGCCAGUGUGGAUGCACUUCCAGCAGUGCCUCAACAAGGCCCUCGCCACUGGUAAGCCUGGUGAGGAGGUGCGCGUCGACCUCAUCUUCACAAUCGUCUCGGCGGACGAGCUUAUGGCGGAUCUGCUUUCGGAUGAAGAGAAAGCGGAGCCGAAGCAGCUCGAGAUUGUCUCAUCGCCUAUCUGCGGCCCACGCAUUCAAAACACCUGCACAGUUGCGGCGCACAGCUCGGAGGAGUUGGCAAGACUGAUGGACAAGGUUCACGCUCGCGCGGAUCGCCAUCUCAACGCGAUCCGUAGCGGCGACCUGAUGAUGGUCGGCACGGCGCUGCUGCGCCGCCGGACGAACGAGGGUGAUGUGCUCGUGGCGUCGCUGAUGGGCACGCUGACAGGCCCGUCGGUGAAGGCGUACAAGGAGGCAAUGGAGAAGACGUCGGUAGCGCGGUGCACAUUGCUGAGUUGCGCCUAUGGCGGUCCCAGCGCCACUGUCACGGUACUGAAUGUCGGCGCUGAGGAUGAGUCGGUGCAGGGGAUGCUGUCCACUGCCAUUUCGAUCAGCAAGAAGCAGCGCAACCUCGUCAGCCGCGCCGGUAGCGUGCAGGCAUUUCUGCGAUAUACGGAAGGCACCAUGAAGCGAGAGCAGGCGCACGCCGCGGCUGCGUCGGGGGAGGCGAAGGAGCGCCACCUGCGAAAGGUCAGUCGCCUGCAGCCCGUAACUGAGGACCACAAGAAGCUGCUGCAAGACUUCAUGGCACCAAUCCCCGCUUACCCGACCACACGAACAAUCAGCAGCAACACCUCGAAGGAGGAAGAGGGUGCCACCGUCCCCGGUAAGUCACCUGCUAGCGCCACCACCCUCAGCGAGUCGAGGAGAACGCCGCAGUCUACCAAGACACUGACACCGAGUCAAGCCAAAAAGAAGGAGUUGACCGGACCCAACCGCAUCCAGACUGUUGUGGUCGUCACCCCGAAUCGAAAGACACCGUCCUCGACGAACCUGGUGUCCGUGACGUGCGCAGACGAGACGCACAUGAGAGUACAGAUUGCCGGCGAGCAGCGCGUUGUCGAGUGCGAUGAGGCGGUGGGCCGCCUCGACCACACCUCUACUGUGCGCUCCGAUAAGCUGAGCUCCGUGUCCCAACAGUUCGUCGGCGGCUUUAACACCGCAGUCCUCUGCUGCGACGUAGGAGGGUCGAACGCUGGUCCCACCGCCUGUGUCAAGACGGUGCACCACGCCAUCGAAGCGAAGCCGGAGGGCUCGGAGCUUUUUAUGUCCAUUUCUGCCGUGAAGGAUGAUGAGAACGCCAAGGACCUGCUGGCGUCGAACGGCAGCAGCGACUACGCCCCUUUGAAGGUGAGCAACUCACCCAUCUUCGGUCCGUGGGUGCACGAAGCGACCAUGGCGCAUCUCGUCGAUGUAGCUCAGUUUGACGGCGCCUUUAGUGCUGCGUACGCGGAGGCCACAAAGGACGGGGCCGUGUGUAUCGUGAGCCUCGUGCUGAAGACAAUGGUGGAGGGGGACGUCAUUAUGAGCAGCCUGCUCGUGUCGCUGAGCACGCAACUCAAUGCACAUGGGGCGGUGGUGAACGCGCCGCUCAAAACAGGCCGCAAGCUGUAUCAGUACGCCGUGCACGGGAGUUGCUUCAGUGUGGGCCUUCUCGGCCUACCCGACAAGGUGAACGAGGAGGGGUUCGCGGAAUGUCUUGAGCUGUAUGCGACGAUGCGAACUAUUGAGAACCGUCCCAUGCGUAACGGCAGUGUGCGGCGCUUUCUUGCCUACUCCAUCAGCGCUGCGGCAGACGCGAAGAGCCGCGCCGAGCGCGUCACGGACGAGCGGCAGCGCGCGGUCUACGCGCAGCGACUCGCUUCGCUGGAGAAGAUGGCCCGAGAUGCGCGUGCACUGAUCGAGUCGCCAGAGGGUCAAAUCCCUAAGACAUACAUGUAG